GCCGAGAAGUGGAUUGCAGUUUUUGUUGACAUGAGCUAACGUCAAAUGAGACGAUACAAAUAUUAUUUUUGGGUGAAUGGCUGGAUACAGUUGUGCAUCUUGUUUAAGGUAUAAGUUACUUUAAAAAGUAGCAAAAACGGGCAAGGUAGUUAGCAGCAAACUAGCUCUAAAAGCUAACGCAGUUUAGGGCUUGACUUCCAGUUUAGCAUUUUCUUUAAACACCGCCUAUUCUCUAUUCCUAUUGGUUGGGAGUUGCUGGAGUCAUGUGUCGUCGUUACUACUGGGGUCUGUGAAUGGCUAUACAAUCUAUCACUCAUCUUUUCACCACUUGUUGCUAGGGAGAUUGUUUGAUGCUAGCUACAGCGGAAGUAAAGAAGUAAAUACUAACGGAGGCACCUGGCAUUUUUUGGUUGUAAAUAGAGCUGCUAUUUAACCUGUUUAUGUUGCGACGCGUCCUGUAAUAGUUAAUUUAUAUUGUGUGAUUAGAUGAUUGUACAUGUAUAUUUUUAGUAGUUGGUUACAGCUAUCGUUUUAAGGACAAAGAUAGGUGCAGCUGUGCUGGAGGAGGGAGGGACCCUGCCUGCCACCCAACGUUGUCGUUGGUGCGUGUGCGAGCCAGUCCAGCGAGUUUUCUCGACUCUCAUUCACCUUCAGCAGCACCCACCAGAAGUAGUUGUCCUCUCAAGGGUGGGGUGAUGUCCAAAGCUUUGUGUUCAUCAUCUCUGCCUUGCUGAAAAUCCAAGAAUGAAAAGGCACUACGCGGUGUGAACCGACAUCACUUCUUCAAUCUUGGGAGGAUGAAGUGGUUGCAGGGGGUUAGCAAGUCCGUUUUUUGCUUUAUACUAUGUUUAAUAUAAAUAUAGGAAUGGAAAGAUGAGAACCUUAUGAAGAACAAACCCUACAGACUGGACUCUAAGAAGUGGACACCUCAGCUUGGAUCUUACACACAUUUUAAACAUACCUUAUCCUGUUUAAAACCCUUUCCCCUCUUUAACCACUUUUAUGUUUAUGUAUCUUUUUAUGUCUUUUAGUGGUAGCUCAGAAUUGUUGAUCAAAGGAAAUUGGCCCCAUUUUUGUUUUUAUCUUUUACUUUUACUUUUUGUUCCUUUGUAAAGAAAUGCUUUACCUGAAAAAGUACUUCACAGAGGGCCUGAUUCAGUUCACCAUCCUUCUGAGUCUCAUUGGGGUGCGGGUGGACGUUGACACCUAUUUAACUAAUCAGUUGCCCCCACUGAGAGAGAUCAUCCUGGGGCCUAGCUCAGCCUACACCCAGACACAGUUUCACAAUCUACGUAACACGCUGGACGGCUAUGGAAUCCAUCCAAAGAGUGUGGACCUCGACCAUUUUUUCACUACUCGACGACUACUAAACCAGGUGCGCCAGCUGGAUCGCCUGUUCGUGCCCAGUACCGAGCUUAACACCUGGCUAGUGCAUCGUGACUCUGAGACUGUGGUAUCUGCCAGCAGCCAGUCCAGCCCCGGCAUAACCCUGGACAAUGGGGCCGGCCUAGAGGACGUUAACAACAUUGACGCUACCCCGGCCAUGAGGGGAGGAGGUGGAGCACCUGAAUCCACGUACAGCUUGAAUGCAGCGGACAGCAGCCUGGGAGCUGUGGCCUCAGAGGGCAACCAGGAGCAGAACACCAGGGAUGGCAAUGACGACCUCACCAAAGAGGACAUUGACUUGAUUGACAUCCUAUGGCGACAGGACAUUGACCUUGGUGCUGGAAGAGAAGUGUUCAACUACAGCAACCGUCAGAAGGAAAGUGAGGGGGAGAAGCCCAACCCACAGGAGAACAAAGAUGGGAACGAGGAACAAGAGAGCUGGAGAAAUGGCAUAAACUUACAAGGGGCUCAGCCAGUGGAUGGGGAAACUGGAGAAAGCAUUCCAGAGCAGUUGCAAACUCUUGGCUCACAGACUUCACUGUCACUACAGGAGUGCUUGAGGCUGUUGGAGGCCACAUUCCCUUUUGGAGAAGACGCUGAGUUUCCAGCCCCUAUUGUUACCCCAGAAAUACAAAUUGCCAAUGAAGAAGUUCCUUCCACAUCUCAGGGUCUUCCUCUGGCACCACAGCUGCCUGCAACAGAGCCUCAGUUAGACCUGGAGCAGCAGUGGCAAGAUAUUAUGGCCAUCAUGGAGCUACAGGCAAUGGAAGUAAACAACACUUCACUCCCUACAAACGCCAACAGUGCACGUGCCACAAAUGGGACAGUUGAGUCAAACACAGUGGGAAACUUUGAAAUUUCCACACCCUCAACUCCAAUAAACCAGGAUGUCAGCCUUCACCAGGCCUCCCUUCCCAGCUGCAGCCAAGACUUUCCCCAGAUUUUCAACUCCCAGCUGGACUCUGUAAGAAUCACCCCAAGAACCAGCAUGGUCACACUUUCCUCCAGCAACUCCACCAACAUCAACUCCACGUUUGGAGCCACUAACUUGACAGGGAUCUUUCUCCCACCACACAUAAACAGUUCCAGUAACAAUGUCACAAACACACCUGCCCUGCCAGAUCCAUUCGCCACACUUCUAGAAGAGUCCAUGCUCGAUGAAAUCAGCCUGCUAGAUCUCGCCAUGGAGGAGGGCUUUAGCCAAGCCCAAGCUUCCCAGUUGGAGGAUGAGCUUGACUCAGAUUCUGGUCUAUCACUAGACUCCAGCCACAGUCCAGCUUCUCCAAGCAGCUCUGAGACAUCCUGCUCAUCGGCAGCUUCUUCCUCCUCAACUUCUGCCACCUUCUCAGAAGAAGGAGCUGUGGGCUACAGCACUGACUCUGAGGUGGCCACUGUGGAGACAGAAGAGGGUGCUGUUGGGGGUUAUCAGCCUGAGUAUAGUAAGCUCUGCCGUAUGAGCUAUCAGGACCCCUCUCAAUUCCAUAACCUCCCUCAACUUGACAGCAUCAGCCACAAUCAUACUUACAACCUGCCACUCUCCUCUGCCUUCUCUGAGCACUCAGAGCUCCCCAUUUCAGCAGGGAAGAAGAACAUCCGUGACAAACACAACUCAAAGCUCCAGCCUGCUCAGGACUUGCUUGACAAGCACGCAAGUCGUGACGAGCGUCGAGCCAGGGCCAUGAAAAUCCCCUUCUCCAACGAAAAGAUCAUCAACCUGCCAGUUGAGGAAUUCAACGAGCUCCUAGCCAAGCACCACCUGAGCGAAGGCCAGCUAGCCCUUAUCCGUGAUAUCCGCAGGCGUGGCAAAAACAAGAUGGCAGCCCAGAACUGCCGCAAGCGCAAGCUGGACGCCAUCAUAAAUCUGGAGCAGGGCGUCCAAGACCUGAGGCGCGACAAAGCCCGUCUGCUGAAGGAGAAGAUGGAGUUCAUUCGCUCCAUCCGGCAGAUGAAGCAGAAGAUGCAAAGUCUGUACCAGGAGGUGUUCACUCAGCUACGGGACGAAGAGGGCCGGCCCUAUCCUCCCAAUGAGUACUCGCUGCAGUACAGCGCUGACGGCAGCGUGCUGAUCAUGCCCCGCAGCAUGACCACAGCUGAGCAGAACCGUAAGCCCGAGAAAAAACAAAAAGACAAAAAGAAGUGAGGGUGGACAUACUGCAGUUUAUUCUAUCACUUUGCUAAAUCUAUAAGAAAGAUUUUUGCAGAUGCAAAAGAGAUGUCCUUUUUUCCUUUAAGAAGAUUCUGGUGAGUAGAAAACUGGCGCUGACUACUUCUUCUGCAUUAGUUUUCUCCCUUUUCAUUCUACUUUUUUUCCCUUGAAACAACUUUGAAGCAGAAGUAGCUCUUCCUUUGAGUACCAAUGUUUCAUUAUUUAGAUGAGAAGAAGGGGAUUUUAAAGGAGAAAUAAUGAGCUAUUAGGAAGAAAAAAAAAUUAGCCGCUCUUGAUCCUUUUGCACCAAACCACUGAGGAUGGAGAUUUGUAGGGUAAAAGAAGGGACUACUAUCAAGAAGGUACAGUAAACAAAUGUUGGCGACAAGGAUGGCUGGAAUACCUAUGCACCGAAGGUUUUAAAGGACUAUCAACUCACACCCCAACCUGGAGACUUAAGUGAUUUUUAUUUUAUUAUCCUUAUUGGUCGCUGAGGCUUUUAAGUUUAAAAAAUCUUCAGGCAAAGAAUAGCAUCUAUGGUUGUGAGAGUUUAGAUACCAAAGGCUAAAGGAAGUCCGUCGUUUUAGGAUGCCAUUAACACCUAUACUAACCAAAGGUUGUAUGGUGCACAUUACGUGAUCUGUAUACAUCCACGCUCAAACACUGCAAUCUUAUUCUGUAAGUUUGUCAAGUUUUUGAGUCAGUUUGUUGGUGGCCACUUAGUUUGGAAGGCCCAAAUGGAUAAGUUGGACGUUGGGAUGUGAGGAGGCUGAGUGGACGUGGGCUGGCCACUGCUAAAAGAGGCAUGGAGAUGAAGUCCUGCAGGAAAGGCAGCAGGAUUAUUUUAUUGGGAGGAGGCACACUGCAUUGCAAAAUGUAUCAACUUCCUUAUAAAUUAUACAUAGCUCUGUAAUUUGUCUUUAAAAGGCUUGGCUGUUUGCAUUUUGCCGUGUCUGUCGCUAUUCCUUCGCUGCAGGUUUAAAUACAGGGGCUGUGUUUAGGAAGGCUCUUAUUAACUGUUCAUAAUCUGUAGUAUAAGCAAGGUUAUAGGUCUAGUCACAUCAACUUUAUGUAAAAGUCUUCGCCUUUCUUUGUUGAUAUAAAAACUUUGCACGGAGCCUGUGAUUACAAGAGGAAUUAAACAUACUGUGAUGUGCCAGAAGCUCCGGAGAGUACUGUAUUAUUUAAACUAAGCCCAGCUAUCACACAUCCCGUUUAUAGGUUAUUACGUUUUUAUUUUUCCUCUUGGAUGCCCCACUUUGAGGAUUUACACAAAACCGGUUCAGUUGAUGCUGUGGUGACGGCAGCGGCAUCCAUUUUUGAAGUAACCUUGCCAACUUUACUGGGCGCAAAGCCACUUGAAGUAAUUUUUAAACUGCUGUAAAGCUGAGUUGUUGAAAAGUCAUACUUUUUCUUUUUAAGUGUUUGUGUUGACAAAGUGAACCACUUUGUUAUGAGUUAAAAGUUUGCGAAUGUGUGAAAUGGCAGUGUGUGUCAUGGCCACUGUAAUUUAAUUGCCUUUAUGUAAAAUCUCAUUAUCUUCACUAUCAAGGAUUUUGAGAACCGAGGAGGAGCGUUCUCAAAGUAGAAGUGCUAUUAUCCGUCGAUUUGAAUGAAGUAUGUCUGUGCGUGUAUCACCCUAUUUAAAAGAUAAAUAAAUUAAAAAUAGGUCUGUUGUUGCAGCUGAGAUAGCAGUUAGGCUAGAAUAAUUACAAGAGGCUAAACAGAACACGCAACAUUAAGACAAUGUCAAAAAAAGACUGUUUUGAAAGGAGAAAUGUCCUCAUUAAAUAUGAUAUUCAGGCAUGAAACUCUGGUUAACAUUCACUUCAGUGUAACCCAGUGCGACACCAGUUAUUAAGCACUGCUACUACUUAGUGCACUUUUUUGUCUGUCUUGUUAUGUAAAUAUUUUUACGUUUGUGUUUAUGAUUUAUGUAGUUUGUUAAAUGUCUCCAUAACAAUCUCACCCUCUGCUUUGAGUUUGGAUGUAGUUCCCUGUUUUGAGGUAUUUGCUGGCAAUCAAGAAUUGUUUUUAUUGAUUAAUAAAGUGUUUUUAUUUUCA